AUGGAAGAUAUUUUUGAAAGUACUGCUAGAUAAAUACCCCAGCUAAUCAGUUAUCAACUGAGAAUAUUAGUUAAAGAUGACAUGCAAAGGUAUCUGUUGUUGAGUGUAAAAAUGCUUCAGUUAACUGAUAUUUUCAAAUUUAGUUGGCAUGCACUUGAGUACUUACUUUCUCCUUUACAGGCAAAUUAAGGAUCAGAAUAAAAAGGUAGCAAACCUGAAACACAAAGAACAAGUGGAGAAGAAAAAGAGUGCACAGAUGUUGGAAGAAGCAAGACGGCGAGAGGACAAUCUUAAUGACAGUUCCCAGCAAUUGCAGGACAGUCUGCGAAAGAAGGAUGAUCGUAUUGAAGAACUAGAAGAAGCACUGAGAGAGAGUGUGCAAAUUACUGCAGAGCGAGAAAUGGUACUCGCUCAAGAAGAGUCAGCCAGGACACAUGCCGAAAAACAGGUCUGCAAACUUAAACUCUGCUAUUGGUGUUUAGCAAGUAUUAUUAGGGCUAAUGAUUUUGAACUAUUUUAGCACCGUCUUUUCAGAGGAAUAUGAAGCCAUUGGUGGACAUGAAUGAAUAAAGUCUGUUUUAGGUCUGAACACACACACACUUUAAUUUUUUUUAAAAGGUAAAAGAUGCUCCCAAGUUUCACUUAUAAAAGAAACAUCCUCCUUGAGAAUAAUUUGCAUGCAAUAUAAUUUUGCACUAAAGAGGUUUUUACAUCUUGUAUCUAAGCCAAGUUAAAUAUUUGCCUGUCCUUUAUAACUGAUAAUUGCUACUCCUUGUUCCCACCCUUUUUUCCUUGAAAAAGCAAUGGGGGGAGGGGAAAUCCUUCCAGAUAGGUGGAGCAGGUCCCUCAUGUUUUCAUCCCAAAGUUUUUCCUUGUAAAACUUCUCUAAUGUUGGAUUACUUUUCAUACAUUAGACACAGAUUGUGUUUUAAAUCAUCAAAGGAAGUCUUCAUGUACAGCAGUGAGUGAAAUCUAAUUUGAAGAGACACUAUGCAACAAAAGAACAAAGACCCCAAACUUUGUAACAGUAUAAAAAGCUAUAAAAACAUACCCAGUACCAAACUGAAUGAUGGAUGUAAUAAUAUAUGUGUUUAUAGUUAUAUAUCGACAGUGAAUACCUGUAAAAUUUGUUUCAAUGAACUAGUCUUUGUUAAGUCCUGUUUGAAAUAAAUCUGGAUGUUUGAAGAAAAACUCUUCACUGUUCUUUCUCCAAAUGAAUGAGGCUAUGUAGGAUACGGCCUUUUCCUAUUCCUUCUCUCUCUCUUUUUUUUUAAACCUCUGAGGAAACCAAACCAAUGGUCAGACUACCCAGGGAUUCACUCUGUUCUUGGAUUUCAGAAGCUGCGAAGAAGAUGCUGGAACCAACAUGGUUUUGUUGACUUCAGUAGAAAAAUAUUUUAAUAAUAUAAAUUAAAUAGUUUAAAAAUCUGUAAUUCAUUAGUAAGGAUUUUCUUCUCCUUGGUGUUAAGGAUCAGAAAAUAUUUAAAGUCUUAAAAGUUAAUUGCUCCCUUCUUAAUUAUUAUCCAUGAUGCCAAUUCUGAUCUUUGUCUUCAUUACUUAUUUAAUUACCUUUACUAUUGUGGACUUCAUUUAUACUUUGUAUGUAUCCUUAAUGUGUAUUAUUUAAAGGUUUCAUUUCUACUUCUUCAUUUAAUUUAACAGGAGAAACUGUAGGGCUUGAACAGACUGGCCAAAAUAAAGCUGCUUCAGCUUUUGGAUGUAUGCUCUUGAAAUGUUGCAUGCGUCCAAAGAGGGUGGAAGCUGCGCCAAAACCACAUUCUAGUUCUAAGGACUGGAGCGCAGCUUUGGCAUAGCUUCUGGCAUCUUAAAAUGUGUGUGUUAUUUAAACAGCA